AUGGUUGUUUCUUACUCGCCACAUCGACAAGGAGGCCCAACUCCUGUGGAAAGUACCCCGCCAUUUACGCCAUUCAAACGCGCCAACAGUGGCCUAACUUUGCUUGAAGUGCCACGUCAUACCCCUUCUCCCAUCCCCCAAACCCGUGUUUUGACCAGGCGACAGGGAACCUUAACUCGGACUAGAAGUUCGCCCAUAUCAACAAGAGGUGCAUUGGAAGUCUCGACUAACAACCUCAACUGUACACUUCCAUCACAAUCACCCCACAAUCCCGAAUCAAAGAUCACCAUGACGACGGAACCGUUUAAGGUAAAGCAAUUGCGAGGCAGGGGCAUUGAGAACACUCCAGCCGUCAGCAGCCCGCUUAAGAGACGGGAGAUUUCGGCUGGCGAUGUUGCUCCACCAAGAGUCAAGCGUCGCUCCCAGGAUGGUAUCACCCGUUCAUCGUCUCGUUCCUCAUCACCAGCUGGCUCGUCAUCGGAUUCAUCGAGCACCGGAAGAAGUAAGACUAGCCGCAGCUCUAUUUUCUCUGGUACUGGGAGACCAAUCUCCCACACACCUAGGAAGCCAACCGGUUUGAAGAAAGUUAUCAAUACACAUCACUUCGAGAAGCCAAAGAUAGCAAGAUCCCGCUUGCAACCUACUAAACCUCCAGUGUUUGGUGUAUCAACACCGCUCGCGCCCGGAAAAGUCAAACGCAUUGGCUCCUUCGACAAUUUCGUUUCACCGGCCUCUAAGGCAAAGGAACCAAUGCUCCCUCAGGUCACAGUUUCUCGAAUCGAGCAGAUCCCCAAAGAUGUAUCCGCGACCCCAGCUGUCUCAAAGAUCUCCAAUACGCCCUUCAAGAAACCAUUCCCUGCUCCAUUCCCGAAGUUAGCGUUCACUCCUAUGCCGCAACUAGGCAACUUUGCCACUCCUCAAAUCACGAAGGCUUUCCCGCCCCAGCCUGCAGUUUUCAUGUCCACUGGUUUACUCACCAAGAAGAACCGACCAGCCAACGGAAACAGCAUCCUGCCUCCAGAAACACCCUGCAAGAAACCAACAUUUAUGACGAGAAACCCGAUCAUGGUCAACAAUGCUCCGCCCGAUACCCCAUUUACCCAUAAGAGUAGAGGAAAGUUGAACUUUAACCGGACAGAAAGCUUUGCUAGCCUUGCCGAUACUGGGUCACCUGAUGCAAGCCAGCAGAGCACUCAGCAGAGCACCCAGCAAGAAUUUCUCCAAACCCCAACUAAACGCCUACACACUUCGGACAGUGCUGGUAGCUUACGUGGAUUAAACAAGAGGUGGAAGACUGAUGUUCCAUUAUCGCAAGAGUCAAGGUCCCCUCAGACUCCGCAAGGAAGUGCUAGCAUCAUCGAUCUUGAUGCGAGUCGACUUUCAAUCUCUGGCAAGCCCUCUCAACCACUUCUUCUCAGCGAUCCCUAUCCCUCGACUCCUCGCUCCGCUAGAGAUUUGUUUGGAAACCUUGUUCAUACGCCUUCGCAUAGCGGUAGUUCUCCCGAUAAAAUCUUCAGCGCGACCAAAGUUGAGCAAACCAUGACACCCGUCAUGGACCGUACCUCUAAAACAUUUUCGAAAGACUGGGACCCAAAUCUGGAAGCUAAAUUUGCGAAAGUCACUCAAGUCGGCGCAGGAGAGUUUUCUGUUGUUUUCGAAGUAGAAGCACACCUUCCCUUACUAUCAUCUCAGGCUUCUUCCCAACUCAUGACUCCUGAAAACUCUUCGGAGAAUGGGUCGCCUCCUAACCCACCUCUGAUGCUGCCUCGCCACUAUGCUGUCAAGCGGGUUCAAUUUCAUGGUCAGCGAGAUCGGGAUCACCGUAUUGAAGAAGUUGAAAUUCUCAAGUCAAUUGGCAAACACAAGAACGUCAUCGAAUACCUCGAUAGCUGGGAAACUUCCAUUAACUACAGGGUUUAUAUUCAAACCGAGUUCUGCGAGCUCGGUGCCUUGGAUAGCUUUCUUUCUGAUUACGGCAACCACGGGCGCUUAGACCCCUUCAGAAUCUGGAAAAUCUUUACAGAGAUUUCUGAGGGGCUGGAUCAUAUCCACAGAAGAUCAGUUCUACACCUUGAUAUCAAACCUUCCAAUAUCCUAGUUUCAUAUGAUGGGUCCUUGAAGAUAGCAGACUUUGGGAUGGCGACAACGUAUCCAGCCAGCCGUAGCCUCGAACGAGAAGGGGAUCGAGAGUAUCUCGCGCCGGAAGUGCUCCAAAAGCACCAAUAUGCCCGACCUGCGGACAUUUUCUCCCUUGGUCUUACGCUCCUAGAAAUCGCCGCCAACGUUCAGCUCCCUGAUAACGGCCCAUCCUGGCAAAGACUUCGUGCUGGCGACUUGAGCGAGAUUCCCGACCUCACGCCUGAGAGUUUGAUGCAUAGUUGCAUACGUGACGAUCGUGGCUUUCCCAUUGUUAUGAAUGACGACUCUCUCGGUGAUAUUGGAGAAGACUCGUCAUUUUGUGCUGAUAGCAGCUUCACGGUUCCUACCUCCAACCCUGACGGAAUGUUUGCGAAAUACACUAGCAACCCCAACUUUCGGGCCCGCGAAACAGAAGACCUUCUCAAUCCGCCAAGGUAUCUUGAAGGAGAUAGCCUGAAGUUCAUGAUCAACUGGCUUAUAUCCCCAGAUCCAGCUCUUCGCCCUAACACCUCAGAAAUUCUUGGCUCAGCUGAGGUCCGUUGGAUCAAAGGUCACCGAACAACUGGGGCUUUGGUGUAUGAGGGAGAAUGGGGCCCUGCAGAGUCUACAUGCGAAAUUUUGGACGAUAUGGACAUUGGAAAUCUAUCCGUCGAAAGAUUGGAAGAAGACGACUGGCUCAUGAUGGAAUGA